AUGGUUAGGUGCGACGUUUCAGGUGCCAAGUUCCAGAAGUCGACUUUGAUACUAAGGGUGUAUUUCCUUGUUGCUCUACUCGGUAUCGCUAGUCUUACCACAUUGGUACGAGCGGAAGAUGUGGCUGAUGUACCUGAGACACCUAAGGUAUCUGGUGACUCCGCUAAUGUUACAGGUUGGAAAAAUAUCUUCAGUGAUAUGAACCCCUUCUUCAUCAUCGCUCUUGUAAUGAUAUUUCUGACUGUUUUAGGCGCCAUCGUUUUUCUGGCGGUAUACGGGACUAAAGGUGGACAAGGCAUUGGAGCCAUCGCGUUUUCUGUCAUUAUGAUUCUUAUACUCACCCCCCUUAUUUGCUACUUUCUAUUUAAGAAUCAUACCAUUCCCGCUCUCCAACGAUUUAUGUCAAAGUAUGACAUUAUGGUCUUCCCGGGAUGGACACAAAAGGCUUCCAAUGAUGGGAAGUCCUCGAUUGCCGAGAAAUUGGACACAUCGUAUCUACGUGGGUUAUUUAAAAAGUCAAGUGAAGCAGCGACGGAAUCAUAG